UUUCACAUAACAAUCGCUACAUUGCUUUUUUAUGAACAAAAAAUAUAAAAAAUAAUUUCUGGGAAGUUCCAAAUAAAAACCACAAAUUUCUCCAAUUUUACAAAAUGUCAUUUCGCAAUUCUUAUAAAUUAGUUACCAAACAAGCCAUACGUUGGUUUCCCGGUCAUAUGGGCAAAGGUCUUAAGCAAAUGCAACAGAAACUCAAGUCAGUAGAUUGUCUUAUCGAAGUGCACGAUGCUAGAAUACCACUUUCUGGUCGUAAUCCUGAAUUCAAAAACACCAUUGGUGGCAUUAAACCUCAUAUUCUUGUAUUGAAUAAAAAAGAUUUGAGUGACAAACGAAUGCACUCACAAAUUAGUGAGAGAAUCAAAGAAACCGAAGGCAUUGAUCAUGUUAUAUUCACAAAUUGCAAAGAUCAACAAUGUCCUGGGAUAAAGAAAGUCAUGCCACUAGCGAGUGAUCUUAUAAUCAACUCGAAUAGAUUUAAUCGAACAAAUGAAAAAGACUUUUGUGUGAUGGUUAUAGGGGUUCCGAAUGUAGGGAAAUCAUCUCUGCUUAAUGUUAUGCGGAAUCGUCAUUUGAAUAAGAAAAAAGCAACCACAGUUGGUGCGAUUGCUGGAAUCACAAGAAGUGUCAUGCAUAAAAUCAAGAUUUGCGAAGAUCCACUGAUUUAUAUGAUUGACACUCCGGGAAUUCUUGAACCAAAGAUAAAAGAUGACGAAAUGGGAAUGAAAUUGGCUCUGACCGGUUGUUUGCCAGACCAUCUUGUAGGGGAAGAUCUGAUUGCAGACUAUCUUUUGUACUGGAUGAAUUCGAGAAAUCGCUUUGAAUACGCAAAAUACAUGGGUCUAGAAGCUCCUACAGAUUCCAUAUCAGAAGUCUUAGUAGCAGGAGCUAAUAAACUAGGGAAGACUAAGAAACUAAAGACCUACGAUGGAAGUAUAACUGUUCUACCCGAUAUACUGAUGGCAGCUCAGUAUUUCAUUCGAGCUUUUCGAAAUGGGGAAUUCGGAAAAGUCAAUUUGGACUCGGAAUGGUUUAGAAGAUAGAGAAUAGGAAAAUAAAGAAUUUAAAAAAAA